AUGGAUACCUCUCCCGCUUGCCCGGGACAAGAAAACCACCCAACUCUUACCUCCCUCCCCGUCGAAAUCCAAGAGAUUAUCCUCUCCCAGCUUGAUAGCUUUCGCACUUUGGAAUAUAUUGCUGUGACAUGCAGGACAUUUAAAGACCUUGUGUUAUACCAUCCACAAGGGAUCAUCGACCGGAUUCUGGAGUCGGUUAUUCCCGAUGAGGUGUUCCCCGAAGCGAUUACUUUCUUCGAAGCCUCAAGACUACCGACUACCAAUGCUGAAAUCGUCCAAGAACUUCUUGGUCGCUACUUUACAUCGCUGAAGGGAAACAUGGGGCCGCGACCAAGGUUUUCAUUAAGUGAAGCUACAGCACUGGAGAAAUAUCAUCAGCUUAUCCAAAGGUUUACCCAAAUCUUCAUCUCUACUGCACUGUCUAAACACCCUAUCACUGGAGAUGAGGUAAAACCCCCGUGGCUCGUCACAAAAAGAGAACAGUACCGUAUCCAGCGGGCCCUGUACAGAUUUGAGCUUUACUGGAAAUUAUUCAAAAGAUUGGAGAAAAAAGAUCGAUCUCAAAGACACCCACAGCUAGCAAUCACCCUCCAGCACCAUUCCAAGCUUUACUUUGAUCAUUUUGCUCCAUGGGAGAACGAACAAAUCAUCUGUAUCCAGGAUUUUCUGCUAAGGAUAGUCGACGAAGCGUUUAACGAUGUUGCUGCACACGAUGUGGAGUGGGGUGAAUGGGGGAUUAAAUAUAAUGAAGGAUACAAAGCUUUGUCGAUCAACAGGUUCAGAUGCAACUAUGUACGUCUCCGUCUCCAACACUAA